AUGGUUAUUAGCAAACAUGGGAUAGUAAUGACCCGACAAAAGUACGGGAGCAAAAUAAGCUGCACAUUCAACAAGUCGCUUCUGCAAGUCGCAUUUACGGUUCAUAAUUUAAGCACAGGAGAUGAGGACGAUUAUGGUCUUCACGUUGAGCUUGGCUUGGCACGGAAUCCAUUAAAAGAUGUCGUGGCGCUUCGCUUAGAGGGUAAUAUCAUAUUAAUUUGAUCAUAAAUAAUAUCACAUUAUUAAAAAUAAAAAGUAUGGAAAUUCACUUACACUGAACAUAAAAAGUAUAUUAGUUCUUUCAGCGCUAUUGGAAAUCUCGUCUUUUAUUUCACGACUUAUUAGGUAGGCAGGGAUUCUUUUAGUUGUACAAACUUUUGUGAGAACAAUCCUUUUAGUUGAUGCAAAGUUUGUCAUAUUCUGUAAAGCGUCAUCGAUCUUAACAUUGAGCUGAUGAAAGUGCCCUUUAGCUGACAAAAAGGUUAUUCAAAAAGCUGACCGUACGACGUACUCAAGUCGAUUAAGGCCUGGGUCUUUACAGAUUUCUCACAAUUUUUAAAGGGGGAUGGUGUAAUGAAAAGUAUUUUCCCAUCAGAUAAAGAGCAACCCGUUGACCUUUUGUAGGUCCAAAAAGCUAGCUACUAACAGUCUUCUAGUAAAAGCGAUAGGAAUGAGACGAGGUCAAUAAACGUCUUUCCCCUCACGAAUAUUCUAUUCAGCGGAGGACUUGCGCUAGACAAUGAACGCCAAUCGACCACUACAGAAAAUACCAUAACAUACCAUAAUGCUCUUUGUUUGUCACCCCAAAAUUUUGCAUAAGCAUUGUUUUCAGUUUCUCUUGGGAGUUAAAAUGGCCCCAAGAGAAACUGAAAACAAUGCUUAUGCAAAUUUUUUGGGUGACACACAAAGAGCAGUAUGGUAUGUUAUGGUAUUUUCUGUAGUGGUCAAUUGCACCUGCCAAUGGGCCAUUUACACGAUGACGUCAUUUACUACUAAGACCAGAAUUCAUUUCGUUUUUCCUUUCAUAUUUAAAUUUGGUAGUCCCAGUGAGGUUUAAUUAACAAAAACCUUAAGUUGCACAAGAAAGCAAUACCCUGCAGGAUUCUGGUCGUAGUAGUAAAAUGACGCCAUCGUGCAAAUGGCCUAUUGUAACGCUCCGAAGCAUUCCAAGCUGAUUUCGUAGACACUUUGUAGGGUCAAUGUUUUGAUACAGAGAAACUGGAGCUACUCGUUUGGCAAGUGAUGGGAAUAGUUGGUCACAAUUUUUGAACAAUAGAGGGCGUGGUCGGUUACGUGACCAAAUAAUUUGAAUUUCUUUUUUUCCAGUUUUUUAAAGUUUAUUAUCUAUCAUUCCUCGUGGAUGUCUUUAACAAUAGUUUUUGGAAUAAAAACCAUAAAUGACUUAGACCCAGGCCUUAAUCUACUUGAGUAGGUGAACGUGCCAGCCUGAUGGAUUUAGUGUACUCGUUUAUGAGAUUAGUGGAGCUAACUUUUCUUUGAUAAUUUUUAAUCGCACAUUUAAAAACGGUAGAUCCACCAAAAAUUGUCAGUUCCCUGGAAAGAAAAGUUUCCCUGAGGGCUGGAGACGAACUGGUAUUGAACUGCAGGGCGACUGGACUUCCUCGUCCGUAG